AUUUGAGGGUUGACUUAUAUUUUAUUUCAACAAGUUUUCUUCCACUUUUGUCAAUUGCAAUAAGUGGCUUCUUCAUCUCACGCGAUGGCGAAGUAUGAUGCGUUUUUGAGCUUCCGUGGUUCAGAGACACGCCACCAUAUAGCUGCUUCUCUCUACAAAGCUCUCCUAAGAGAAGGCGUUCAUGCCUUCACAGAUGAUCAAAGUCUCAACAGAGGCGAACAAAUACAACCCGCGCUGUUUAAUGCUAUUGAAGGGUCUCGUGUUUUCUAUGUGGUCAUCUCCAAGGGCUAUGCUUCCUCUAUUUGGUGCUUGCAAGAACUAGCACGGAUCUGCUACUGCGUUGAAACUUCGGCCAGACGUGUUCUGCCUAUUUUUUAUGAUGUUGAUCCAUCAGAGGUGCGAAAACAGAUUGGAUGUUUUGGGAAAGCCUUUGCGAAACACGAAGAAAGACUCAGAGGAGAUAAAGAGACGAUGGAGGAAGUGCAGAGAUGGAGAGAAGCUCUCACACGUGUGGCCAAUCGAUCUGGUUGGGUUAUUGGAAAUGAGUCAUACUGUGUACACAUUCCAGAAAUGGUUCGAAAGAAACACUUGUCCCUGCUUCCUUCAACUUCUGGAAUUGCAUUGGCUUCUAGCACCAUCAUGCAUGCAAUAAGGACAUAUGAUGUGUUUGUGAGCUUCCGCGGUUUAGACACACGCAACAAUUUCGCUGCUCUUCUUCUUCAAGCCCUCCAUAGGAAUGGCAUUGAUGCCUUCAACGAUAAUGUACAUGUCAUGAAAGGUGAAUUCAUUGAAUCCGAGCUGUAUAAGGCCAUUGAUGGGUCUCGCAAUUUCAUUGUGGUCUUCUCAAGGAACUAUGCUUCCUCAACUUGGUGCUUGCGCGAACUAGCAUGGAUCUGCAAGAACAUUGAAACAUCAACAAGACGAAUUCUGCCCAUUUUUUAUGUUGUUGAUCCAUUAAAGGUGCAAAAGCAGAGUGGAUGUUAUGAGAAAGCCUUUAUGGAUCACGAAGAAAGAUUCAGAGGAGCAAAAGAGAGGGAGCAAGUAUGGAGAUGGAGAAAAGCUCUGAAACAAGUGUCACAUCUCCCUUGUUUGCAUAUCCAAAAUGACAUGAAGAGAACUUGAAACAAAAGGAUUCUUCAUUUGAGCCAAUCUGAUGAAGUCAUCUCUGUUUCCUACUUUCACGUAAUCUGUUUCAGAUUUUUAUCUGAACAGACUAUGCCCUGUUCUUUGACUCUUACAUUUGAGGGCUUGACUAGUAUUUUCACGAAGACUGUUACUGGACAAAUUGCCUUCAUGUGAACAACUUCAUCAAAGACAUGUUCAGAUUCAAAACUUAGAAGCUUCUUGUUAUUUUUGUUACUCGAGAAGGAAACCACGCAAUACUUAUUUCUCAUGUGUGCUGAGACUAUUCAGAUCGAUGCUUUUCUUUCCUUCGUGGUUUCUUCGGUAGCUCGACUAGUGUCUCUCUGACAUGCCACUGUCGCCAUCGACGCUUACUCUAACUGGUGCUUCUCUCAUCCGUCACUUCGCCAAAGCCUCCCUCUAUCGUCGCGCGCGUGUCGGUUUCAGGAUCUACAAUAGUGUGAAAGUUUUUUCUAAUCUAUGCUCCAGUUGGGUUUCUGUGUUUGGGGUUAUGGGUUCUUUUUUAAUUUGGAUUCGUAUGUGAUUUUUAGCUUUUGACUACCGACAUCUCUAUCAUAUUCUCCUAUUCUUUGUGUUACUGAAAUCUUGAUUGAAGAUGAAUAUGAUUCUUUUGUGA